CCGACGCUGCAACGGAAGCCCGCUUGCAGGCGAUGACUGCCGAAGAAAGUAGCACGGCUGCCACUAGCGGCGUACGACCAAUGGCUUUUGGAGGAUACCCCUUCCAAGGUCAAGGACGUAUGAACCAGUUGGGCGGUGUGUUUAUUAAUGGACGGCCUUUGCCAAACCACAUCAGGUUAAAAAUCGUAGAGAUGGCGGCUACUGGAAUUCGACCCUGUCAAAUAUCGCGUCAGUUACGAGUGUCCCACGGUUGCGUGUCGAAAAUCCUCAACCGAUACCAGGAGACAGGCAGUAUCCGACCAGGGGUCAUCGGCGGAUCAAAGCCGCGCGUUGCGACACCUACGGUUGAAAUGAAAAUUGAGGAGUACAAGAAGGAGAGCCCCACAAUUUACUCAUGGGAAAUUAGGGACCGUUUAAUAAAAGAUGGUAUUUGCGAUAAAGCUGGUGCGCCUUCGGUAAGCUCGAUUUCACGUAUACUUCGUGGAAGUCGGGCCUCCAGUCCUGGAGACACUGAGGACAUUAGUAACUCUGGUAAAGUAGCUCAUUCACACUCGAGUUGGGAUAGCGAAUUUUGUCGCCAGAAAGCUGAUCACUCAAUCCAUGGAAUCCUUGGUGGACAUUUGUCAAUGGAUAAUGAUGAAGAGGAGUCAGACUGUGAUUCAGAGCCCGGAAUUUUGCUCAAAAGAAAGAUUCGUAGGUCGCGUACAACGUUCUCGGCUGAACAGCUCGAAGAAUUGGAGCGCGCCUUCGAGAGAACGCAGUAUCCCGAUGUUUACACACGUGAAGAGCUGGCGCAAAAGACCAAACUGACCGAAGCUCGAGUGCAGGUGUGGUUUUCAAAUCGACGAGCUCGCUGGCGAAAGCACAUGGGUAACCAGCCCAUGACCGCGACAUUUGGUUCAAGUUUAAUUGCUGCUGCCGCGGCUGCGGGCUAUCCACCGCCACAACACCACCCUCAGCCAUCGCAGCUUUCGCACUUAACGCAGCAGACGACCUCCACUCAAAUAGCAGGAAACGACAGCCAUCCGAUGAUGUCCUCUGAAGCGUCAUCAGCUAGCCCGACAGUGAUGGCCACGAGCGGCUCCUGCUCUAGUGAUUCGUGGAGGUCGCCAAUGGGCAGCCAGACGAGCAUAUUUCCCUCACAGAACGGCUACUCACCAGCUACCAUGGCAAGCAUAAGUGUGGGUUAUCACCAAGAGCAGAAGGAUAACUUGUAUUCAUUUUUAAAUCAACCACAAAAUACAGGUCAGUCAUUUAAUCAAGACUACGUCGGCUUACCCGCUCUAGACAACCUAACGACAAACUUAUGGACCCAGAAUAAGCAAGAGCAGUUUCAAGGAGGUUUGCAGACGUUCUCUGGAACCGAGCAGGGCUUCAAUAGUUAUGGAGUCCCAAAUGAUCAACUCUUUACGCCUGGACAUAGUUUUGGAACGUCCGAGCAGAAGAUGUUUGCAGCAUAUCAUCAUAGCCAUCCCCAGUUCCCAGCAGCGCACUCUCAAGUACCGGGAACAAGUCAUAACUUACUAAUUCACCAUUUUAAUACAACAAAUAAGUUCCUCUGAAGGAUGCAUUAUAAGAAAGUUGACUUGUCUGAGCUCUGUCUUUUCUCAGUGAAGCCAAAAAAGUAUCCGAGAAGCAAAUAUGUGACGCCCAUAGCCUGAGUUGAAAAUAGCGUAAAUGAUUAAAAACUAAUAGGAAACAAUACCCAAUAUUAGUUAGUGCGAUUUUGUGCCCUAGUAUCACGUGCAGACGUGGUAGUUAAAAAGUAGUAAUAACGGCUGAAUUUUUCCAGCAUGCUAUAGACUAUUUUUGACCGCCUGUUACCGUGCAAAAAGCACAACUUAGUGAGACCUUGUUUAUCUACAUUUGCACAACGGCGGUCGAAACUUAAGUCAUGGCGGGAAUCGCAAAAGUUCGCCUAGCAGAAAGCAACUCCUUUGUAUUAUAGAUAUAAUUUAAUGGAAACGAUGACGCCGUAUGAUACUCAAACAAUAAAG